CUCUUAGGAAAAAGCAGGAAUGUGCGGAGAGUUUUCCCUGCGAGCUGUCCUCCUCCUCCUGCCCACACGUUGGAGAUCGCCCGUCCAGACAUGGAGCUGUGGCCGCUGGUGCUCCUGUUCAUCCAGCUCUGUCUCUGCUCCGGAUAUGAAGGGUCAGGGCAGUACGCUUACGGAGACGACGAGGACUGGUACUCUCGUAGACAUAAAGGGACCCCGUGGUGUGCGCCCAUCAAGCUGAAGCACGGUGACGUGAGCUGCCGCGCACCCAGGGGGGAGCACUACAGGAACGUGAUGGGGACACGGUGCAAAAUCCGCUGCAAGAGGGGCUAUGAAUCCCAGAAUUCAGAGGUGGUGUGCAUGGCGAGCAAGCACUGGUCCUCCAACUACGCUUGUCGGGAGAUCCGCUGUGCCAAGCUCGACAUGCCGACCUACGGAGGCUACAAAUGUUCGGACGGCUCCUACUUUAACUCUCGCUGCGAGUUCUUCUGUUCUCCUGGAUAUUCCCUGAAGGGCCAGAGGACAGCGGUCUGCCAGUACAACAAGGUGUGGAGCGCUGCAGUUCCCACGUGCGUCGAUAUCGACCCCCCAAAAAUCAAGUGUCCUAGCAUCAAGGACAAGUGGGCAGAACCAGGAAAAUUGACGGCGAGGGUGACUUGGGACACACCUGAGGGCGUCGACACUGCAGACGGCAUCCUCACAGAUGUGACCCUGAAAGGAAUGACGUCAAAAUCCGACUUCCCAGAGGGUCUCCAUAAGAUGUCCUACACCGUGUUUGACCGGGCCGGGAACAAAGGGUCCUGCCGGUUUACCGUCAGAGUGCGAGUGCGGCGCUGCAGCCAGCUGUUCCCCCCAGACAACGGUUACAUGAAGUGCGACAGCGACGGAGACAACUACGGUGCCACUUGCCACUUCACCUGCACCGGCGGCCACGAGCUGCAGGGCAGCGCAGCCAGAGUGUGUCAGUCUUCGCUCUCCUGGUCUGGUCUGGACACAACGUGUGCACCCAUGAACAUUAACGUCGGAGUGCGAUCGGCUGCGGCGCUGUUGGAGCAGUUCUACGAGAAGCGACGGCUCCUCAUUAUCUCGGCGCCGACGGCUGCCAAUCACAACUACCGCUUCCAGAUGACGAACCUGCAGCCCGCUCAGUGUGGACUGGACCUGAGACACGUGACGGUUAUUGAGCUUGUCGGGACUUACCCGGCACAAGUUGGCCGGAUUCGGCACAGGCUUCUCCCGCCUGGACUGGCCCUGCAGCUCAGGUUGCUGCUCCGGAUCUCUCAGAGAUCGUUCCAAAUGGUGCUGGUGGACAAGCAGGGCAUAGACAAGCAGCGCUAUCCGUUUCCCAUCACGGCGGCCGAGUUAUUCACCACCAUCGACACGUUCCCGCGCCGCAAGGACGAGAUGGUGUUACAGCAGGAGGCAGGCCAGACCUGUCAGUCAUAAAAUAGGAGUGCCCCCCCCUUCAUGGAGCAUUGAUCUUUUUCUCUCCACAGACAUGGCCAGCCCAGAUCCUCAUUUUUUUUUUUAAAUCCAUAUGUCACACACUCCUCUGAACGCCUGUCCUGUAUUCAGCGUGUGUGCGUGUGAGUUUUUGUAGUUGCAGCGGAGCGAAAACACUUUUUGCUCAUUUUAAAGUGAGGACCUUUUGUUGGUCCUCACUUUUAUUGUGGGCUAAGGGUUAGCUUUAGCAGUAUGGUGUCAAUUAGGGUUAGGGUGGGGAUAGAUAAAACCCAUAAAGGUUAGGGUUAGGGCAGAGAAAGGCUCUAAGAUGAAUGAAAGUCUAUGGAAGACAAGUUACGGUCUCCAGUGUGUGUGUGUGUGUGUGUGUGUGUGUGUGUCUGCUAUGUUGCUGAUCUGAGGCUGGUCUGAACAGAUCACACGGUUUACUCCAUUCACAUCGAUUCCUGGGUGUCUCUGAAUAUUCUAUUUUAUUUUUUUACACAUUUUCAGAGCAAAAAUAUGUUUUACUGUUUUGUAAAAAAGAAAUGUCUAAUUUCUAUUCCUUCUAAUAUUUAUGUCUUGCAUCUUACUUUGUUAUGUACUUUGUCUGAAUUCAUAAAACCAAUAAACAAUGAGUAAUGUGGAGGUUGUGCUUCUCAGUGACGA